GGGUGGAAGAGCUCAUAGUCCACCUGGUGUUAAGUGAUACCGGAGCCCAUAGAUAUCUAUAACGUAAAUACCGUCACCCACCUUGAGAUAUGAGUUCUAAGGUAUACUUACAACGGCUGCCCCACCCUUCAAACCGAAACGUCAAGUGGUCCUGUUAUUAGCAACAUUACUAUUUAGCUUAUAAUGUAUAUAACGGAGAAAUGGUUUUCUAAAUUUUAAUACUGAUGAGAAUGAUUGCAGUUCUAAAUGUAUUUUUUUAUUGCCCUUGUAGGCAGACGAGCAUACGGCCCACCUGAUGGUAAGUGGUUACCAUCGCCCAUGGACUUCAGCAAUGCCAGGGACAGCCAAGUCGCUGCCUACCGUUAAGUACUUUCCGCAAGCCUCGUUUGAAGAAGAAUACGUCAUAGCGCUCGGAAAACACCGUGGAGCGGAGCUCAUUCCAAAGCCGUAUGGUACGUGGCAAAAAAGAUCUCUGGCUUAAAAUGGCGUUACUAUUCCAAAUUAGGUACUGUUUUGCUGCACGCCAAAGUUAAACGAUCGUAAUAUAAUUGUUUCCUUACAGAACUUCAAGUUAUUUGGAUUUUAGAUUAAUGUCUCAAAUGAAUCAACUUUAUUUCAUUUCGCUCCAUAUGAUCAUUUUUCAUGAAAGAGAAUAGAAUGUACAUACAAAAGACUAGGAUGUAUGGUGUGUGAUAUCUUCGCCUUUCCACCUGGAAAUAUUGGAAAUAUUACUUAAAAACGUCAUAACGUUCAACUUCAAAUAACUUCAUUCAAAAGGUAGUUUUACAAAUUGAUACUGUAGGUAGCUUAAAACCACCUUCCAUAGAAAAUAUCCAUAUAAGGAUUAAAUUUUAACAGUGGUUAGUAGGAUAAAUAUCUGAAUUGAAUAAUGGCUGAUCGCUUAACUCAGCUUCAAGAUACCAUAAACCAACAAGCUGAGAAUUUUUGUAACAGCAUCGGAAUUCUACAGCAGUUCUCGUUGCCUAGCAAGUUCCCAGGCUUCGAACGCGGUGGUUCUCAGACUCCUCAACAACCGCAGAGUCAAGAGGAUUAUGCGGUUUUAUUCGCGGCUCUAAUUUCUCGUUGUGCUAAGGACAUUGACACGCUCAUCGAGUCUUUGCCCAGUGAAGAGAGUUCAACUGAGCUGCAAGUGCAAAGCCUUCGGCGACUUGAGGCCGAGAACAAGGAGGCUGCUGAGCAACUUGAAGAGGUAGUCCGUCAAGGAGAGAUUCUUCUAGAGAAGAUUCAGGGUGCUCUGAGUGAUAUUGCUCAGUGCCAGUUGGACAUGCAGAAUCCGGCUCUGAUCCUCAACAAGGAUGUGAAACCACAGUUAUAGGGAUGGGGUCUGGGGUUCUACCAACGGUAGUUUCCUCUACAAAAGGAUACGUUAAAACAAGAAUACACGGAAGUAUUUUAGUAUUAUAUGAAUUUUAAAAUUUUGUGUUUGAAAUCUUAAUGCUUAAUGACGAAGAUUUUUUUUUGUUGUUUGCAAAUUUGUUACAGGGCUUUCAUGCCGGUGAAAACUAAAUUGUCUGAAUGUCAUAUUUUUGAAACUAUAAUAAGAAAAACAUUGGUAUGACAUAUAUCAUUUUAAGUAAUCAUUUGUUAUAAUUGAAUAGUUAAGUAUACAUGACUUGUUUAUUCAUUAUUUUCUAUUAUUACGUAAGGCAUACUUUAAGUCUGAAAGGGUAGGUACCGCCACUCUGCCUAUACAUACUGUAAAGCCGUUGUUUUCCAGUUUUGAAGCACAGGUUAGUUGUUGAUGAUGAUUUUGAGAUGAGUGGCGGCAAUGACUGGGAUCUCUGGGCUAUGUUAAUCUCUUAAUAUUAGAUGAACUCGUUCAUCUAUAUACAUAAAAUAAAAUGAACACAAGGAAAAAGUAAAGGUGAUUGUAUUCAAUGAUGAACAUGAGUUUUAAUUAAAUUAAAAAAUAUUUAUGUUUUAUGUUUAAUUAAUUUAAUUAAGUUAUUAUGUUUAAUUAAAGGUUUAAUUUUUCUUUUUGUUGUACGCCCUGUAUAUGCUGGAAUGGACUCGAAUCUAAAUAUUAAUAUACUUUAGAGAUUGGAAAUAGAAAACUAUAAUCUUGAAAUGAAAAAAAAUCUAUAUGAUUGAAAAUAAAUGUUGAUAGCUAA